AUGUUCGGUCGCCGUGCCCUCGCUCGCAUAAAUCUACAGCCAGCUUUGUCUCUUCCCCAGGCGUCUCGGUUGGCUUUCGCCAGAACUUACGCUAAAGGUUCUGAUGAAGUGGACAUCAUAAAUAUCCCCUUGAAGUCUAUGGGAGUGUUGACCGACUUCUAUGUUCCACCAAAGCUUUCUACUGUUCCCAUCAAAGCCUGGCCCAGAGUCAUUCUCAGAAGCAUUGGAUCUUUCGGUCUCAGUACUUACUUCGUUGGUAAAUUCAAAAACGACACCAAAUUGAAGCUCAAAUUGGUCGACUGGAAGGAACUAGCUUUGGAAAGAUACGUCAAGACAAACAAAAUCUUUGCUGCUGCUUGCUCGCAAUCUCCUGGACAGAGAAGAUCAUAUAUCCAGACUCAAUUGGAUGGCAUUGUAUCGACUGAGGUAAAGAAUAGUUUGGCUGGCCGUGCUAGCAGUUUCCCUCAGGGUGCCAGAUUGGAAUGGAACUUGAAGAAGAUCGAAAAAGAACCGCUGGUGAAGAUUUUCCAAAUCAUUCCAGACAAGGAUGAAGUCGUUGCCUUUUUGCAACUUAUCAUCAAGUUGGAAACUAGGCAGGAAAUGGUUGUUCACGGAGAAAACGUUGAGACCAAGCGUACUGAAAGGCUGGUCACCGAUUAUGUCGUUAUGACCUUGAACCCUUACACUGACGAGAUGAUUUUUGCUGGUACUAUUUUCGCAGCCGGCCCAUACCAAAAACUCAGACCCCAAUUGGACGGUUCUGAUAUGCGUGCGUUGUUUAAGUUCCAGCGUAUCUGUGCUGACAUCUACAGAAGCCCUCCUGCUCAAGAGAAGUAA